ACCCCCGCACUCACCUGCUCGAGCUUCACACUCCCUCGCGCAGAUCCAGACGCAGACUUCUCUCUCCUUACGUCUGCUUUCGGAAAGGAAAACGCGCUUUUUUUAAAAGGGAUAAUGCGGACUUUUUACCCCCUUUGAAAGGCUGAACGUGGCUGUGAGAGCUCUCUGUCAACAGUAAAAGGUUAGCGGAGGAAGUUGGGCAAUAAAGACGCAGAGGGAAAUUAACCGUAUCGUGUGUGUGUGUGUGUGAGGGAGAGAGACACGAUGAGCGAGAGACGUUAACAAACAAUGAGCGACACUCUUCCUCCGUCCAGAAUGGAUCAGCACUCGUCAAAGGAGAUUAUGCUAUGGUUUAAGAUUCCUUAUCAGCGAUCUUUGGGAUCUUAACGGAUCUAUGUAAUCUCACCAUCUUCCAUCACCAUCUGUUUUGAUGAUAUCUUAGGAGGAUAACCGUAGAAGAGUGUUCAAAACAGAGGAACUUGACUCUUUUUGUUUGUUUUAAUUAAUUUAAUCUGACACACAGACGUAGGUGGAAGUUCUCCCUGCUGCACAGACAUAAACAACACCUGACAAGAGGAAGAAGUAAACACUAUUCUAGUGAGAAUUUAUCAUGUAGACAAGCUGGACAGAGAGACUGACAGCCAGAAAAAGAAAAGUGACAAGUCGACAGAUGCCGUCUUCCCUCACACUCACACAGGUCACAAUGCCAGACGAGUCACAUGGCUUUCAGGAAAAGGGGAGGCCUGGAGGAGAAGCAUCACAGGUGUCUAUAAUGCCGGACAUUAUAGUUCCCUCGAGUGAUGACCUCGAAGUCCUCGAGCUUGAAGACUUCACACAAACAACAGAACAAUCUGCAGAAAGCAGUAAUGUUAACAUUUUGCCAUCAGGACUCAGUGAAUCCCAGGUUUCCGUAGAGGUGGGUGUGGCAAAAACAGCGCAGGCCGCUGAACCUCUCAAGGCCAAUUCUUUGUUGAGGGGAACAGGUGUGACCCCGCAGGCUACGGAUGGUCACGAUGCCCUGGUCAACUCAUCUUCUGAUGAGCUGCAAAUCGACAGAAGUACCUCUUCGCAAACCAACAAGUGCAGUCUGUUAUCUGAGCUUGAUGCACGCUCCUUUGAAAAGACGAACCACAUCUCUCCGCUCAAUUUCUCCGAACCCAGUUUAGACUCUUCUCAUUCCAACCACAACACCAGAAAUAAUUCAGACGACGACACAGAUUCCAAAACAGACCUGAUUGUCAAUCGUAAAGCGGAAAACUCACUCAGUGGCAGCUCGCCCGAACUCCCUGGCGUCUCAUCCUACCAAACAAGGGGCAGCACCAAUGUCAGGAGGGACGAGGGGGACGGAGACGAGGACAGGCGAAGCACCCAUUCCAGACAGAGUGUGAAAGAGGGGAUGUGUUGCUGCUAUCAGGCGUUCCACAGGGCUUUCCUGCAGUGCGUGGAGGAGACUCCGGCCAUGGUGUCUGGGCUGGUGCUGUCUUUGGCCUUCUGCGUGGCUCUCAUCGUCCUCAUCCCCGCCACAGGAAGGAACAUCAUCGUCCACGUAGGUGCUCUGUCGGUGUUGUGCGUGGUUCUCUGUCUGAGUGCCAUCCUGCUCGUCUGCCUGCCCUGGCUGGCCACGGUGAGGCGCUGUGGAGGAGCCCUGGCCCUCUUCGUCUGGGGGACGCUGUACGUCACUGCCAUAGUCUUCAUCUUCACUGGAGGACCUGUCACUACAUGGGAACAGGUAGCGUUUUUCCUCUUCCUCUCUCUGAGCGUGUACACAGUGCUGCCUCUCUCUAUGGCAUGGGCCCUCAUGUUCGGGAUAGGGACCAGUCUUUCGCACAUCAUCAUCAUCAGCGUCUAUGUCCCCGUCACAAGCCCAGAUACACCCCACCUUGCUGUGCAGCUGGUGGCGAAUGCACUGCUGUUUGUGUGUGUGAACUGCAUUGGGAUUUUCCAUCUGUGGAUGACGGCGCAGGAUCUCAGGAUAUCCUCUCAGAAGAGAGAACAGUUCAGCGCCAUACGCUCCCAGAAGGAAAUAAAAAAAUAUCAGCAGGAGCAGCUCCUCCUGUCGGUGUUGCCCCGGUACAUCGCCAUGGAGCUGAAAACAGAGGUGAUAAAGAGGCUUACCAAGCCCAAGAGCGAUGAGAAGAAAGAGUCCAGCUUUCUUCAGCCUCAACGUAGGCCUGACUUUCACAGCCUCUACGUACGGCAGCACAAAGACGUCAGCAUCCUGUAUGCAGACAUUGUAGGCUUCACAAAGCUGGCGAGUAACUGUACGCCAGAAGAGCUGGUCGCCGUGCUCAACAAGCUCUUUGGCCGAUUCGAUGACAUCGCCAAGAAAAAUGACUGUCUUCGCAUUAAGAUCUUAGGGGACUGCUACUACUGUGUAUCUGGUCUACCUGAUCCUAUUCCCACCCACGCCAAGAACUGUGUUAAGAUGGGGCUGGACAUGUGCACGGCCAUCAGCAAACUGCAAGAGGCGACGGGGGUUGAGGUUAGCAUGCGGGUGGGUGUCCACACUGGCAACGUGCUCUGUGGUGUGAUUGGCUUGCAGAAGUGGCAGUACGACGUGUGGUCAGAUGACGUUACGUUAGCCAACCACAUGGAGUCUGGAGGUGUUCCUGGGCGAGUCCACAUCACAGAGGAGACACUGCAGCACCUGAAUGGAGCGUAUCAAGUGGAGGAUGCGGACGGGGGGAGUCGGGAUUCUCUUCUUACAGGAAGAAAAACCUACCUGGUGAUUGACCCCCAGCCGCACAGCAUUUCCAGGAGACCUAAAAUGGGAAACACUCUUGCAGCAGGAGAGAACAGGCAGCGGGCAUCGGUCCGGAUGUCUCAGUACCUUCGGUCCUGGCAGACUAUCCACCCCUUUGCAGACCUAAGCAACCCUGAAGCCAAGCCAUCCAAGAAGCAUGUCAUCCCCACCAAUAAUGUCACAAACCAAUCACAGCUGUCUGCAGAAAGGCCACCUUUCCAGAACAACCCCGUCUGUUUGGUUGUGGAUAAUCGUGUUAGAGGAUCGCUGGACACGAUUGACACUGCAGUGAAGAAAACAAAGAAGCUCAACUGUGUGACUCUGCUGUUCAACAACCUGAGCCUGGAGAGACAGUUCCGCACGUCAGAGGUGAAGGAUUUACACCACUCAAUAAGCUGCGUAGCUUUGAUCUUCGUUACUGUUUUUGCUGUCCAGAUGCUUGUCUCCAAGAAAAAUUUUGUGAUGGCCGUGUCCUACGGUGCCUCCUUCCCUGUGCUGGUGCUGCUUCUCUCCGUCGCUUUCACUGGAUACUUGGAGAAGUGGCGUUCCAAGAUACCGCCGGGUGUUCAGUGGAUCUCAGGACUGUCCCACGGCGUCUCCAUCAGGGUGGUGCUGCGACUGUUUGUGAUCACCAUCUGUGUGCUCAUCACCCUGCUUAUGGCCAUCCUCAACUUUUGCUUCCUCCCAGGAGACGACUGUAUGUCGGCUACCAACAGUACGACGCUGGAGGAUCUUAACCUCUUCACUGUGCCUUACUACCUGUACUGCUGCCUGCUUGCCAUGCUUGGAGUGAUCGUGUUCGUCAGGACGUGCAUGUCUGUGAAGGCCCUGCUGCUCACGCUGGCUGUGGUGGUUUACCUGGCCCUCUUCCUCCAUGUUUACGCCCCGAGGUCCUACUGCCUCGUCACACUGCUUUACAACGGCACCAACGGCACCCAGCCUGGAGUGCUGAAGGACCCUCAAAUCAUGUCCGGGGUUUGGCUGGUCAUCUUCUACAUUGUAUGCCUCAUACUGGCCAGACAGGACGAGCUGGGUUGCCGUGUAGACUUUCUGCUGGAGCAUUAUUUCCAGACGGAGAGAGAGGAGAUGGAGACCAUGGAGAACAUUAACAGGCUCCUCCUUCAGAACGUGCUGCCUCUCAAUGUCGCCUCCUUCUUCGUGGGCAAAACUAUUCAAAACCAGGACCUGUAUAGUCAGUCAUAUGACUGCGUGUGUGUGAUGUUCGCCUCGGUGCCUCAGUUCAAAGAGUUUUACAGUGAGAGCAGCGCCAACAGGGACGGUCUGGAGUGUUUGCGCUUCCUCAACGAGAUCAUAUCAGACUUUGAUGAGCUCCUCUCUAAGCCCAAAUUCUGUUCAGUGGAGAAGAUAAAGACUAUUGGCAGCACGUACAUGGCUGCUGCAGGCCUGACAAACACGCCUGUAGAGGACGAAACAAAGAAAGUGGAGAUGUCCUACAGUCACGUGCGCUCCAUGGUGGAGUUUGCCAUCGCUCUGAUGGCCAAACUGGAGCUCAUUAACACACACUCUUUUAACAGCUUCAAACUCAGGAUCGGAAUAAACCACGGUCCCGUGAUCGCAGGAGUGAUUGGAGCUCAUAAGCCUCAGUAUGACAUCUGGGGCAACACUGUUAAUGUGGCCAGCAGGAUGGACAGCACAGGAUUGUUGGACAAGAUUCAGGUGACGGAGGAGACAUCUCAGAUGGUCGAGAGUGUGGGGUACACCGUCACUCUCAGAGGAGUCAUCGACGUGAAGGGCAAAGGGAAACUCACCACCUACUUCGUUAACACGGACCAACUGUCUCCUCAGUUCUGACUUCCGCAGUCAAAUGAUGGGUCCAACUCGUUAGCUGCAAAUUCUUGUUAGCGUUUGUUUGAACGAACCUGACAUACCAGAUCUUUUGAACUGUUGCAACUAACCUGACAUGAGUCAUUCUGGUUGCCCAUAGGGAUACACACAGGACUGUAAAGUAGUACAAUAUGUAUACUCAAGCCUGUCAAUAUCACGAACGUCUGCACUGACUCAAUGCUGAAACAGAGGUGUAGAACCUGUGAAAUCAUCAACAUCCUUCGAAGGACCUUUGUCUUUGGGAUGAGACACUAAAUAAAAUCCUGACUGGUUAAAUGAAGACUACAACUACUCACGGACCAUUUAAUGGCAAACCACGUUGCUCUCUGUAUCUGGGUUGUCCUGUGAAACUAUAUGAGGCGGGUCAAGUCCCCAUCACAAAAACUUUGUAUUGCACUGUAACAACACUGUAUUGUUCUGAAAACAUAAUGAAUGAAUUGUGCUUUUAUUUUAUUUGUACACUUAACAACUUUAAUUUGACGGACACCAGCCAUGCGUCUAGUCCUGCCUCUGAUUGCCUAACCCUAACUAACAGAGACAAAGGGUACUAACCAAGCAGAAGCAGAGUUCUCGUAACUCUGGCAGGAAAAGAAAUAAUGUGCGCUGUCCACUCAUAAAACAGUGUUCAUGUAUGAUUAAUACUGUAGGUAUCCAUCUCAGAUGUACCAAAGAUUACUGUUGUUUUAUGAAGGAUACUGUAGCUUAUGUCUCAAAUAAGCAUUUUUCCAGCUCUAAAUGUUUUGUAUCAAGAGUAUGUUUGUACAGAACAUGCUGUGUCUUGAAAUGUAGGGGAAAUGUUGUGUACUUUAAAUAGUUCUGUGACAAUGAUUGGUCUUUUCCACUGGUUCCCAACCUCCAGUGGGUGACAAGUGAAAUCUGAGAGGUCACGAGAUGAUUAACAGAAUAGGAAAGAGGAAAAAAACAGAAAAUAUAUAUACUGUAUAAAAUUUUUCUCUAAGCUAUGCUUUAAUUGUGAAAUCCCAGUUAGUUAUACAUAUUAAACCCACUGAAAACAACCUAGGAAGGGAAACUAGUUCAAGGUUCUCACACCCAAUGAACUUGUUGACAUUGACUUAUUUAAGGGGUCACAAUCCCAAAACGUAUGGCUUAGCAAUAGAGCCGGAGAGAUUUACUGCAGCCAUGUACAUUUAAAAUAAUGUUUUCCCUACCCAUUACUGCCCCAAAACUGUCACUUAAUGCUGUAACACGUCUGCACCCAGGCAUAAUGAUGUGUUGUGCCCUACAGUCUAUGGUUGUGCCAUGAAAAGUCAAAUAACCUAACGCACACAUUUGACAUUGCACUUUCUAAUGUGUUGGAUUUUUUAAAGGGAGUUCUGCAUUACACAAUCUCUGUUUCUUUUAAGUAUAUAUUUCUGUGAGGGAUGAAGUGAAGUGUGAAUGGAAAACAAGACCUUGAGUAUGUUUAGAACAGGGAAAUAUUUUUCUACUCUAUUUAUAAAGUAAUUAAAAGAAAAUACAACCA